CGGGGUGCCGGUGAGACGAGGCUUGAGUCGUACUACUCUAGUCACUGCAAUACUCGCAGAAGCCUCUUACUGCCCAUCUGUGCGGAGACCAGUCUCUCCAUCUUCCAUGAGGAUUAGACUGCAGGCUUGCAAGCAGUGAUACCCAGAUCUCGUCCGGAAGCACCAUGACGUCUACCACAAGUCGGACGCCAUAUGACGCUCAGACGCCAGACAGGACCACGUUCGGUUCUGACGUCCCUCUCGCUCGCUUUGACACUAGCGAGGUCGAUGCGGCAUUGAGAAGACCUUCGUUCUACCUAGAUUCGUCAUUCAACGCCAAGUGGAAGAAGUUCGUUUCGAAAUGCAAGACGACAUGCAAGACGACAUACAAGAACAACAUAGGAUUGCUACUCAUUGCCGCAUCUACGGCGUUUGGUUCAUUGAUGAGUACGCUCGUGAAGAAACUGAAUAGCGUCGAUCCACCCGUGCCGAUGCUUGAGCUUAUAUUCAUCCGCAUGUCUAUGACUUGGAUAUGUUGCAUGACGUACAUGUGGAUCAUGAAAAUCCCCGAUCCUUUCCUAGGGCCUAAAGGGAUUCGUCUACUACUUGUGCUCAGAGGAGUCUGUGGAUUCACGGGGCUUUCCGGAUCUUACUUCUCUCUGCAGUACCUGUCCAUUUCGGACGCGACGGUCUUACAAUUCCUUGCCCCAAUGUGUACCGGCAUUGUCGGUGCGCUCGUGCUGAAAGAACAUUUCACCCGCAGUCAAGCGCUCGCUAGCUUUUUUAGUUUGGUCGGCGUAGUCCUCAUCGCGCGGCCAACAUUCCUCUUUGGGCACAUUGCAAACAACUCAGACACUGCAUUGGAUCCUCCAGUAGUGCUUGAUGGUAGGUCGGACUAUGAAGAAGUCCUUCCUGCUCAACGAUUGCGUGCUGUUGGUUUCGCUAUGUUCGGCGUCGUGGGUGCCACGGGUGCAUACACGACGAUACGCGCUAUUGGUAAACGUGCCCAUGCACUCCACAGCGUUACCGCAUUUUCGAUGCAAUGCAUCACCGUAUCCUCGAUCUUAAUGGUCGUCUUCCGGACUACGCCGAUUCUUCCGAAUAAGCUGGAGUGGGUCGGCAUGCUGCUUGCUAUCGGGUUUUGCGGAUUUUUUGCUCAGAUGCUGUUGACCUUGGGGCUACAAAGAGAGACAGCCGGUCGAGGAACGAUGGCUAUCUAUGUGCAGAUCAUCUUUGCGACAAUCAACGAUAUUGUCUUUUUCCACUCUACACCAAACCUCUUGUCCACCAUUGGCACGACUAUAAUCAUCGCGUCCGCUAUCUACGUUGCUACUUCAAAGAAGGACCCCGGUUUGCACAAAAGACAACAGAGCCUGAUAUCUUCCCCUGCAGACCACUCGUUGGAGGAAGGCCUCCUUGAGAACGAGGAAGACAGUGCGGAGCCCUCUGAAUCUAAGGACGAGGUGUCUGCUUCUGUUAUUACGGUCAAGUCACCAGACCCCUCUCACGAAGGCAAAUGUAAUGGGAAGGCUGGGACGCUCCCAUCAUAGACACAUAGAUAUACUACUUUAAUAUCCGGCACCCACUUCCAAUUUGUCGCUACACGGUUGGCUAUCAAUGCUUGGCUCGUACGGACACUCGCUUGAGUUACUUGAGCUUGCCUCGCACGUAUCACGGUGCCACACUCGUGGAU